AUGUACCGUUUUCUUUUCGACUCGCCACCCUCCUCUCUCUCUCUCUCUCUCUUGUCUUCUCUAAUCUUUUUCUCUCACCUUGUACCGUUUUCUUUUCGACUCGCCUCCCUCCACUCUCUCUCUCUCUCUCUCUCUCAUUCUCUCUCUCUCGCUCUCUCUCACUUGUCUUCUCUAAUCUUUUUCUCUCACCUUGUACCAUUUUCUUUUCGACUCGCCUCCCUCCUCUCUCUCUCUCUCUCUCUCUCUCUCACUUGUCUUCUCUUAUCUUUUUCUCUCACCAUGUACCGUUUUCUUUUGACUCGCCACCCCUCCUCUCUCUCUCUCUCUCUCUCUCUCUCUCUCUCACACUUGUCUUCUCUAAUCUUUUUCUCUCACCUUGUACCGUUUUCUUUUCGACUCGCCUCCCUCCUCUCUCUCUCUCUCUCUCUCUCUAGCACUCCAUUCUUAUCUCAUUCUUUCUUUCUCUCUCUCUCUCUCUACUUCUUGUUCGGUCUGCAACUAGCUCACUUUCUCUCUAAACUCACUUUCCUUUCCCUUUGCAUCCUCCCCACUCUAAAUUCCUCUCCAAUCUUCCUGUCUCUUUCCCCGUUUCAUUACCUCUUCGCCAUCUACCUCUCUUCGCCAUCUACCUCUCUUCGCCAUCUUGUCCGUCUCUCUCCUCCGGUUUCUCUUCCUCCCCAACCUUUUUUCUCUCUCCAUAUACGACACACUCACUCACAAUCAUAA